AUGCCUAGAGUACUCCGUAAUAUGGAUGCUUUCGUACCUGUGAGAAGCCCAGGCAUGACGUACUCAGGUACAGACAGGGACGAGGCAAGGUUGUAUCCUUUAAGUACUCUCCCCGUCUCGGAAAACCUGGUCUCGCUGGGAAAAAACCGCGGAGCUAGCCCCGUUGCGGACAAGGCGUGGCAUGGCUGGGUGAUCGUCUGCAAAGAGUGGAUUCCGGCUCGUGCUGGCUUGAGACAAGGCAAAACGAAAGCCUUGCCCAUGCUCUGCUCGAGUCUCAUGCGACCGUCGAAUCGAGGCGACGACGGACCGAUGGAACGAAGCUCUGCGGAUUGCGCCGUCAUCACCGCUGCUGCUGCUGCUGCCACCGCCGCCUUUGAAUCUGCAUUCGCCGCGGAUGCAAUUCCGAUCAAGACUGCGACAGUCCAGAGCCCCGAUUACAUGCGCCUCUGCUCGGCCCUAGCACCGACGGCUGGAGCUACUGGAAUCGCGUGA